AUGAAUAGUUUUAACUAAAGUAGUAGUAAUAAUAAUAAAGAAAAUGUGGUUAAUCUUGGCAGCUCAGCCAAGCCAUCAACUGCUCCACCUGCUGCUUCAUCAGCUCUCAGUUUUAGAGAAAAAUUAGAAUAGUAAUUGAAAAAAGCUAAAGAAUUGUAAAAGUUAGCAUAAAUAGAUUUAGAAAUUACUAAAAAAGAUAGCGUUAAAAAAGAUGAGCCAGCUCCAACAUUAAGUACAAACAUCUAAAAUCCAACAGCUUAAUCUUCAGUAACAACAACUCCAUCAAGCAAUUAAGUUCCAUCAGUUUCAAUGGUUUCCUCAUUUUCUUCUAGAUUUUCAUCUAUCUUAUAGAGAGAUUAAAAUAAAACAUCAUUAAUAAAUACUCCUUUAUCUACAACUUCUACUGCUCCAUCCACUUUGCCUGCUAUAACAGAAAAUAAAUUUAGCGCAAUAAGUUCAAGGUUAAGCUAGUUAAGAGAAUCAUUAAAUUAGACUCUUUCUAAUUCAGAAAUUAAAUUACCUUCUUAGCCUGUGUCAUAAAAUAAUAGAGAAACAAAAAGCGAGAUAAGAGACUUUUCAGAUAAUAAAUAAAGUAUAAAUAAGAGUUUAUUAUUAGAAAAUAAUAAGUAGACUCAUGAUUCGAGUAUUACAUCGAUUAUUUCUAAAAUAAAAUCCAAUAUUUAAAGCAGUACAGAUACUAAUUAAGUAGGAAAUUUAUAAAUAAAAAAGAAUGAAGAUAACAAUCCAGAUUGCAUUAUAGUAGAAGAGAAAAGCACACUUAAGCCAAAGCAAGCUGAAGUAGAAAUGUGUAUUGAAAUUGAAGCGAAUCCUAAGGAUUUAAUUUAAUAAAAAAUGAAUAAUUCAACAAAUAAGAGUUAUUUCUCUAAUAAUUCAAUAGCUACUCCUAAACAUUUAGAAAGCUCACUAAAAAUGGAUUCUUCUAUUAAGUCUAAUACUUCUAGUAUUAACAAAUUAAGCUCAAAUAAGGAAGAAAAUAAGAAUGGUCCAAACACAAUUACUAACAAUCAAACUACUUCAAAAAUAUUUUAAGAAAAUGAAAAAUAAGGGAUAAUAUAAUUAGAAAAUAAUUUGCAAAAGAGUAAUUGUUAGAUCAAAGAUUAAACAAAUGUUAAUGAUUUAAUAGCAAAUUAAAGCAUUAAUUCAGAAAAUCUUUAAUCUGUUAAAUCCUUAGAAAUUUAAAAUUAGGGAAAACAAGAGGAUUAGUUUUAAGAUAAACCCAAAUAAAUAUCUGACAAUAACUCUACUUCUAUUAAUAAUUAUGAUUUGAGCUCUAAAUUUUAAUAAAAUUAAAAAUAAAAUGAUAUUCUUAAAAUAAUAGAAAAUAUCCCUUCCUCAUCAGAAUCAGAUUUAUCAUAAAUCAAUAGUCAACCAAAUUCAUAAUAAACUUAAGAUUAGUAAUUAUUUAAGUAAGAAACAAAAGCAAUUUAUGAUAUCAAUCAUCAAUCACCCAUUUUACAAUAGAAACAGAUUUAAGACGAUAUUAUAUCUAACAAAUAAUUUAAAAAUGAUCAAAAUAAUUAAAAUAAUGGUGAUAAAUAUGAAACUUAAGAAGAUUAAUUUGUAUUUGAGGAAAAAAAUCCAUAAAAUGAAUUAAAUGAAACCAAAUAAUAAAACAUUAUUUCUGAAGAUAAUUUAUAAAAAUUGAACUCUAUUUAAAACAGUGAUUUAAAUUUAUCUUAAAACCUAAAUAAAAAUUCAGCUUAAAAGUAUGAACUAAAUUAAACAGCUGUUGAAUCGUAGCUUAAAAUUAUUGAUGAAGAUUAAUAUGUCAAUAAAGAUUUAAAUGAAUAAUAAUAAAUAAUAUAAACUAGUUAAAAUAUAGAUGAAGAGAUUAACAAAACAAAUCACUUUGAAUAAGAGUCAAAUGCUUAAUAAAAUAAUUAGGAAGAAUUAAAAAAUGAAUCUUAAUUAGUUUAGGAAAACAAUAUAACUAAACAAAUCAUCUCAAAUCAAUUUAGUUAAUUAUAAUCUAAUUAAGUUAAAUCUACUUCAUAAAUCUCUUAAUAUAUUUAGCAAGAAAUUCAACCUCUAUCAUUAUAGAAAAGUGAAGAAUAGUCCAGUUUUUAAUAAAAUUUAACUUAAACUUAAUAAAAUUAAAAUGAAAUAAGCUUAGAAAAAGAGUCUUCCAAGCAAAGUGCAUAAAAAUUAUCAUAACUUUUAGAUACUCUUGAUAGAAUGGAAGAAGAGGAAGAGAAUGAACAAAAAAUAGAAACAGAAACUAUUUAGAAUUAAAAUAAUAUAUUGAAUGAAAAAGAAAUAACAAAUGCACAAAUGGAUGAAGAAAAAGAGGAAGAGAUCAGAGGCUAGGCAAAUUAAAUGGAUAACUUAUUUUAAAAUAACCCAAAUUAAGAUGAUCUUUUGAUUGAUCAAUAAAUAAGUAAUAAUUAAACAAAUAUCUCAUUAGAAAGUAAAAAUUAAGUAUAAAUAGAAGAAUCUUAGAUGAAACCAGAAACUAGUUAAAGUUUUAAAUAAGAAGAUACCGAAUAAGAUAAUAAAUCUGUAGAAAAACUAAUUGCAUCAAAUAAAAGCAGUUUAUAAAAAGAUUAGAGUCUUACAAAAGUAAUCAAUCAAAUAGAAGAAUGUGAAAAAUUAGACAAAAUAAUAGAUGAAAACGAUGAAGAAAAUUAAAGCAAAACAAAUCAAUAAUAAAUAAUAACAGAAAGCAUAGAGAAAAAUCAAAAUGAAAAGAAUUCCAUGGAAAAAUUCAAUGAUUCGAACAAAAGUAGCUUACAAAAAGAUAAAAGUUUAUCAAGUAUUCUAAGCUAAAUAGAAGAAUUUGAAAAGAUGGAAGAUGAAGAUGAAAAAGAAGAAAUUUAAGUAAGUAAGAUUGACUAACUUGAUCACUUUAAAAAUAAUAAUUUAUUAUAAAAUAUCUAAAUGGAUUAAGAAAAAGAAAUUGAAAUGAGCAAAAACAAUUAAUAGUUGUUAGAAUAGUAAUCAACUUAAAAUAAUUAGUUAGAUAUCAAUGAAAAAACUAGCAAUUAAAAUGAAUAUAAUUAAUAAAUAGAUUAAAAUAAUUUGUAAUCUCAAAAAGAAGAAUUAAAAUAAUAAGAUUAGUAAACUUUUAUUGAAAAUUAAAAUAACUAAUAAUUAAAUGAAGUUUAAGAAUCUAACUCAUAAUAAGAGAUAUAAAUUGAAAUGAACUUGAAAGAUAAUAAUCAAGUUAUUAAUAAUUUGUAAAAUGAUAUUUAACCAAAAGAUGAAUAAUCAGAAAUUAAAACAUGCUAAAUACAAGAUAAUGAUAAAGAAAUAAACUAACAAGAAUAGCAUUAAAUUAACUCUUAAUUACUUAAAAUCAUUGAUGAUUCUUCUUCUUCUUCAUAAUCAAAUGACUCUUAGGAAGUCAAUUUCUAACAAAAUGAGCACUAAUAGAUCUUAAAUAUUUAAAAUGAGAAUUAAUAACUUGAUUAAAUAGAAUAAGAAAACUUAAUAAAUGAUUCUGAUUAAUUGGUUGAAGUAUCAAAUGAUAAAGUUUAGAAUACAUUUGAACAAUAAAAUGAAUAAAUAUAAAAUAUUAAUCAUAAUUAACUUAAUUAAUUUGAAGAGUAUGCUAUUUAAGAUCAAAAUAAUAAAUAAAUAGAAAAUAUUGAAACAUAAAAUUAAUAAAAUAGCUUAGUUUAAGAAAAUCUUGAAUAGAUAACAGAAUUAAAUGUGAAUAUUAAUCAAAUUAAUUAACAUAAUUUAUUAAAAUAAACUGAACAAAUUGAAGAAAAUAAAGAAUAAAAUGAUAUCGAACAAUUAGAUUUUUAAAAUGAUGAGUAAUAAAUUUAUACUUAAGUUGAUAUUUUAUCUAAAGAGGUAGCUAGUGAAAACUAAUAACAAUCAAAUGAAAAAUAAUAAAUUUAAGUUGAAGAAAAAGAACAAUAGAUUACUGAAUUAAAAGAUUAAUUACCUGAGAUAAAUAAACAUGAAAUUAUAGAAGUAAAUCAACAAUCUAUUCAUGAAUAAGAACAAUAAUCAAUCUUAAUGCAAAAGCAAUAACAAUAUGUAGAAGCUAAAGAAUAAUAAACAACUUAAUCUGAAGUAAAUCGAUAUUUACAAGUUGAUGCAAAACAAUAGAUAUCUGAACUAAAAUAACAAAUAUAAGUUGAAGAUGAAUAAAUUGUUGAUCAAGUAAGUUCAUAAAUAACUGAAUAAAAAAAUUAAUAAUAAUCAUAAAUAUAAGAAUAAUAUCAUGUUGAAUAAAUACAAAAUAUUGUUGAAAAUGAUUAAUCAAUAUCGAUUGAUCAAAAAUAAUAAUAAAAUUGUGUUUAUGAGGUUUAAUAAUUAGAAUAAGAAAUAGAAUAAUAAGGAAAAGAAAUUGAUGAAUAAUAAUAGCAAUAGGUUAGUUAAUAAUCUAUUUAAUUAAACACAUAAAUCUAAGAAGAGGAAAAAUUAUUAUAAUAAUCACAUAUUGAAGAAGAUUUAUAAUAAAAAUUAAUUGUAGAAUAAAAUUAAUAAAUAUUUUAAUGCGUUAAUGAAGUUUAAUAAUAAUAAAAAGUGAUUGAUGAUAAACAAUAAGAAUCUGUUGAACAAUCAUUACAUGAAUAAUCAGCUUAAUAAAGAGAAUAAAAAGAAGAAUUUUCGGAACCAUCAAAAUAAUAAUUGAUCGAUCAAUAAGCAUCAUAAAAAAUAUAAGGUGAAGAAAAAUAACAAAAAAUAGAGGAAAAUGAUAAAAGUGAAUUAGUGAUUGAUACCUCUAACCAAUUAGAAAUUUAAGAAGAGAAAUAAGUAACAUCUAUUAUCAAACAUGAUGAAGAUUGCAAACAUAUUUUAUUAUAAAGUGAAGAAAUACAAUAAGUUGUUGAUAUUUCUAAUGAAAAAGAUGAUCCAACUCAUUAAACAUUUAGCAAUAACUUGAAUAAUAUAGUUAUUGAACAAUAAAAUGAGUAAAUAUUAAAUAGCAACUAAAUUGAAGCAAAAUCAGAUUAAAAUCAUUAAUAAAUAGAUUCUAAAUUUUAAGCUGAUGGAGAGUAAAUAUUGUUAAGCAACUCAAAUAAUUAAAUAAAAAUUUAAGAAAAAUCAGAUGAUAUGUCAUAAAUUGAAGUUGAAAACGAAAAUAAUAACCAUGAAGAUUAAUAAGAAGAUGCUAUGGAAAUAGAAACACAAAUUGAUGAGUAACCAGAUCACCUUAACUAAGACUAAUUCGAUUAGAUUCUUGAUUAAAAUUAAUAAAAAGAAAGCUAAUAUAACAAUGAUGAUAAAAUAAAAUAAUAGGAUAGUCCAAAAACAAAAGAAACUGAAUGGCAAAUCCCAAAUAAUUUAGAUAUUUUGGAUUAUAUUAAUUAGAAAUAAACUAUUCAAAAAGAAUCCGAUUAUUAGAAAAUAUCUGACGUAGAUUUAAAAAAAGAAUUUGAUGAAAAAGAAUAUUCUGCAGAAUUUAUAAAGAAAAGCUCACCAAAUUCCCUUGAAAUCCUUGAAAUGAAAUAAAAUAUUUCAAAUGAUAAAAAAGAAGAAUAGUCAUAUAAGAGUGAAAUUAAAUUAGGAGAUGCCAAUACUAAUAUUGGAAGUGUUAUGCUUGAUAUGGAAAAGUUUUUAAAAUAAAAAGGACUCUCUGAUUUAAAAAACUAAUCAACUGUACCUAACUCUGAGAUAAAAAAUGAAAAUGUAGAUAUUGUAUUAUCUACGAAUAGCAAAUUAACCUAAGUUUAAUAAGAAGAUAAACAAAAUUAAUGUUUAUAAUUAAGAAGUGACCAAAGCUUAUUUUAAAAAGAACAAGAUCAUAAUGAGAGAAAAAAUUUAUCUCUUGAAAAAAAAUAAAUAUUUGAUAUUGUUAACAUAAACAAUAAUGUUUUGUCUUAAAUGGACUAGUUUCUUAUUUAAAAAAGCUCAUAAAAAGAUAAUUUCUUAAAUGGAGAUAAUAUUUAAGAGAAGUAAGAAAUAGAAUAGAUAGAGAGUGCUGAUAAAAAUUAUUCUUUUGGAAAUAAUUCUGAAAAUAUUUUUGAAAGAAUAAAACGCGAAUCUGAUAAAAAACUAUAGGAAAGCGGCUUUUAAAUUAGCUCUGACUAAAGAAAUAGUCUUAUAGUUACAAACAUAUUUACUCCUAGCAAUGCUAAAGCUAUUUCUGAUUGUGGAGGAGCAUAAACAUAAUUUUCUAAUGAGUCAUUUGGAAUAACACCAAAAAGAAUAAAUUUCCUUUAAUCGAAUAAGAAAAGCGAAGCUGAAGCGACUUAAAUAAAUACAGAUAGCUAAUUUUAGCAACUUUACUAGAGCAAGCUUAAAAUUGCUGAUGAUUAAAAAUUGGUAGAACCUAAAGAAGAAUUAACACAAAAUACAUCAAAUAGCAAUAUAUCAUCUUAGCUAAAUUCUAGUAAUGAGAAUAGCAAAUUAUAAAUGAGUUCUGAAUUAAAAAUGAGAACUCCACUAAAUCACUAAGUUGUUUUAUAAAUUGAUGAAAAAAAGAAUCCAGCAAAAGCUCCAAGUUCAUACACAGUCAUUUCAAAUAGAAACAAUGUAUUAAAAUCGCCUGUUCUAUCUUCUUUAAAUAAUGACAAAAAAACAUUGAAGAGUAAUCUCAUUAGGGAUCGUUCUAAUUCUAAAAGUCCUGGAAGACAAGGAUUAAAUUUACCUUAAAAUCAAAUAGAAAAGCCUAAAGGUAAAAGUCCACUUAGGCAGGGAUUAAGUCUUCCAAAAUCUGCAAUGAGAGAUGAUUUAUCAAUUUCAAGUGUUAACUUAAGUAGAUUUGAUUUAGAAAAUGAAGAAUAUGAAAGCAAAAACUUACAAAAUUCUUCUACUACUUAAAAAAGAAUUUCUAUUUAAGGAGAUCUUGCAAAAAUCGCACAAACACUAGGUAUUCCUAAGCACAAUAGGAAUUAAUGUUAGUUGAUUGAAAAUAUUUACAAUUUAGAUAAAAAUGUUUGCAAAUUCAUGCUAAAUCAAAGUGGAAAAAAUAUUUUUUAUCAAUCACUUGCUUUACUUGAUGACUCGAUACCUAAUCACUUCAUAGUUGUUGUAACAAAUUAAUUUAUGACACUCAGAUCUAAAAUGAACAAAUAAGUCAGCUGGGCUUGCAUAAAUUCUCUAAUGGGAGUUGAAACUUUAGUUUAGGUUUAAAAUCUAUUGAUGGAAAGAAAGAUAAAGCUUUUGUUCAUUCAAUAAGAGUACUUAUUGUAAGAACAAUAUAAAUUUAUGAGAGAUUAAAUUAAAAUGAUAAUUUAUGAAGAUAUGACAGACAAAAUACUUGAAAUCAAUGAAAUUUAUAAUAUAUAAAGAUACCAUCUUUUCCAUACAAUGACAUUCAAAACUUUAGAGUAAGUCAAUUAAAUUUGCGAAAAAUAUACGCUUGUCAACAUAGAUGAGUAAAUCGGUCUUUAUGGAUUUGAUUUUUCUAAUAUUAAUUGGACAUUUGAAAGCGACAAGGAAAAGAGUCUUAUUAAUUUUAUAAGAAAAAACAAUUUGAAGAAAGUUAUUAUGUACAUAGAUAAGAGCAAAAAAAUAGAGGAGAUAGUCUCCAGUUUUAAUUAAAAAGGAUUAAAAAUGCAAGCAUACAAUAGCUAAAAGCAAGAUUAAAUUUAGUAGCUUUUUUCUAAAGAUUAAUUUGAAAUUCUUUGCUGUUACAAUGGAUAAUAUAUUCCAAAAUAAAUAAAGUAAAUAGUUCAAUAUUAUAUUCAUUAUCAUAUACCUAGAAGUGUCACUUCUUAUGUUAAUGAUUUGAAUGGAUAUCAGUAUUAUCACAUCUAAAAAGGAUUCAUUUACGAAAAAUUCGCUUGUGGCUUUUUAACAGAGCUAGACUUUUUCGAAAUACGUUCUGACAUGGUACAAGAAUUAACUGAGAAAAAAUUGAUUCAGACAGUACUUAAAACAUUGAAUAGUAAUGGAACUGAUGGUACUUAAAAUAAGAAGAAAGCUGGUCCAGCUAUUUCUGAUGAUUUCUUCUUUAAUGUUGUCUUAGAUGAAACAGAAUAAAAAAUAUAAGAACACUAUAAUAACUUUAUGAAAGAUGAAGAUGAAUUUAAUCUCGAAAAUGAGUAAGAAGCUAACAUAAAGUAAAUAUAAAUUACUAAAUUUAUUAAUGAAAACUGCAUCAAGCGUGAAGUCCUUAUAAAAAUACUCUCUUACAUAGCAGCAGAUUAGGUUCAAAUUAUGCCUUUCUAAGGAGUGGUAAAAAUGAUUUAAAAAAAUUAGUUAGCCAACAACAAAAUUGUAAGUACCCUAUUGAAGAAUAAUUAAAAUAAAACUACUAUCACAUUCAGCAUAUUAGAUUUAGCAACUGAAUUGCAAAUGACUAGUUAAGAGUUAAAUCGCUCUUUGAAGAAGCUUAAUGCUGAGAAAAAACUACAAUAUGAGGUGAAAGAAGAAUUGGCUUUGCUUACAAUUAAGCCUAACAUUGAUUAAAUACUUGAUAAGCUGUUUGAAUAAAUAAGAUUCUAAGAGGAAAAACAAAUUAAUGAUUUAGAUACCAUGUAUUUAUGUGCCAAACUAACAUGUAAUUUAACAUUAGAAUAGGUUUUUAAAUAUCAAAAGUAUAAAGAUAUGAAUAAGAAUUCUAAUCAGUAAGAAGAAGGUUAAGUAAGCCUGAAAGUUUUGUUAGAAAAAUACUUGAAUGAAAGCAAAGGAAAUGAAAUGUGUGAAAUAUUUACUAAUAUAGAAAAAUCUAAGCUACCAUUUAUAUCUCUAAAAAGUCAAAGAGAAAAAUCAAACCUACUUAAGGACAUUCAAAAUCUUGUACCUCGUGUUUAGAAAUCAAAGCUAAACCUUGUUGAGUUUUAACUGAAUAAAGACUUUUCUCAAAUGGAUUUCGAGUCUCAAAGCAGAUUUAUCUCACUUAUCUUAUAAGGUAUUGAUGGAAAGAAUAUAAAUGAAUUCAAGCCUGCUUUACAAUUUAAAAAAUAUUUCAAAUAUGACUACUUUGAUAUACUCCAAAUAUCAUUUGAAUACUUAUAAUCAUAUUAUACUUCUCUUCUCUAAUCAGAAACUAGCAAAAAGAUCAAAAUAUGA